AUGCUCUCCUGGCUCGGCCUCGGUCUUGUCAGUUGCACGCCCCUCCAAACCCUCUGGGCGGGGUAUGGCCAUAUUGUGUCUAUCACCGCGCGCUCCCCCUCUUCCCACGAAACGACGCGGCUUGUCUUGAAACUCAUCUCUCUGCCUCCCGGUAAUGACGAGGGCCACCUCCGCAAGAUGCUGAGCUAUGAGGUCGAGCAGGAAUUCUACACCACCAUCGCGCCAUCUCUGCCUCAAAACGUGGCCGUUGCACACUGUCUCGCCUCGACGCACGACAUGGCCGGCCGACCUGGAUCCGAAAAUCUACACGGCGUAAUGGCCAUGCUCCUCACGGACCUGAGGCCUGAUUUCCCAAUCGCCGGGUCUAAACGAGGUCUCCUACCUCCUCGAGCAGUAUAUGCGGCGUUGGACUGGCUCGCCCGCUUCCAUUCUCAUUCUGCUAGAGGGGUGGAGGACAUGGAAUCAUACCUCCUCCCACCAUUGGAAGAGGCUGAUCGGCGCAAGAAAGGACUCGGCGGAUCCAAACUCUGGCUUAAUGGAGGAUACACGUACUUGGCCACGAGACGGGGUGAGCUGGCCGAACUGGCCGACUCGGACAGCGAAUGGAAUACCGCCCUCUGCUCCCCCGAUAAAGAGAUUGGACGCAAUGUCGCGGACGCUGUCGCGGCCGUACUUACUCCUCGCGGGCGGACAAGCGAGAGCGUGAUCCACGGCGACGUCAAGUCGGAGAACCUGUUCACGACGCGGGCCGGGGAUAAAGUCGCCUUCUUCGACUUCCAGUAUGUCGGCCUGGGCCUCGGUGUAUGCGACCUCGCCAAGCUGUUCACGUGCAGCGUUCCCGAGGAGAUGCUUGCUGAUUCUGUGCCGCAUCUCCUCGGGAUGCAGAGUGGCGAGAGAGGCUUGCUCGAGCGAUACCGCGCCACCUUGAUCGAGAAACGGGGAGAAGGAGGGUAUGAAUGGGAAGAAAUGGUGCGGCACUGGGAGACGGCUCUCGUGGAUUGGUGCCGAUUCCAGGCUUCAUGGGGUUUCUGGGGGAACACGGAGUGGCUUGAGGCGCGCGUACGGCAUAUCCUCGCUGACGCGGGAUGGCGCACAUGGCUCAAGAACGAGCUCCAGUAUACCAAGUAG